AUGUCUAAUGCAAGCAUCUCAGGUAACAUCCCUGACUGGUUUGAAAAUAUUUCUUCCAAUAUUGUAGGAUUGGAUUUAUCUUAUAAUCAGUUGUUUGGGACCUUGCCAACUUUCAGAAAACUGAACACAACUGAUGCUAACGAAUAUAGGAUCAUAGUGUUGAAAUCUAACCAGUUUGAUGGUUUUUUAACCUGUUCUCAUUUUGAUGCAACCAUAUUGGAUAUCUCCAACAACUUGCUCCACGGCCAGAUUCCCCAGAAUCUCAGUGAAAUGAUGCCAAGUCUGCGACUCUUAUCCCUCUCCAACAACUACUUGAAUGGUACCGUUCCAGCUACUUUAUGCUGGAUUGAAUCUUUACAAAUUCUUGAUCUUUCGAAUAAUCAUCUAUCAGGAAGAAUACCUUCAUGUUGGGGAAAUUUGCCAAGUUUAACUGUGAUUGAUUUUUCAAGUAAUAUACUGAGUGGUGAUGUUCCAAUGUCCUUGGGUUCUCAAGAGUCGCUUGUUUCCCUGCAUCUGGAAAACAAUACUCUGCAAGGAAAGAUCCCAAUGUCAUUAAGGAAUCUAGAAUCCUUGGAGACUCUUGAUCUUAGCAUGAAUUCUUUUGAUGGUUUUAUUCCUUGGUGGAUAGGUGAGAGCCUAUCUUCUCUGAAAGUACUGAGUGUUCACUCCAAUAAAUUUGAAGGUGAGAUUCCUCUGCAGCUUUGCUACCUUGCUUCUCUUCGCAUAUUGAACUUGGCAAAUAACGUGAUGACUGGAACCAUACCUACUUGUUUUGGCAAUUUCACUGCAAUUGCUAUGCAUGAGCAGAAGGGGCAUUGGGAAUAUUACUCUAAUGCUGUACCCUAUGUGGGUUUUGUAAGAGGCUAUGGUGAGAAUGUGCAGGUUUAUGUCAAAGGAAUAGAGCUUGAAUAUACUAGCACACUUCGAUUUCUGUAUUCCAUUGACCUUUCAGGAAAUAACUUUGUUGGAGAAAUUCCCCAGGAGUUGAUGAAUCUUUCAGGUCUACAGAACCUGAAUCUAUCUACGAACAAAUUGGAUGGACAUAUCCCUUGGAACAUUGCAUUUCUGAUUUGA